GCACUCGUGAACCCUCGUUAACAAAAUAUUCAAGCAAGCUGCCAUCGAACCAGGCCGACAACUCCCACAACACAGCCUCUGCUGCUCGUGCCAUGGCCAACUUCCGUAGGUUUAGGCCCGACGACCUAAACAAGCUCUCAAAAUGCAAUCUCGAUCCAUUCACCGAAACGUAUGAGCUCGGUUUCUAUUUGCAGUAUUACGCGAAAUGGCCGUCACUGUUCCAGGUCGCCGAGGACCAGCACGGCAACAUCAUCGGAUACAUCAUGGGAAAGCUCGAAUCGUCACCUGAGAUAUACCAAUUCUCGGAGCACUACCUACCCUGGCACGCCCACAUCACGGCCGUCACCGUCGCCCCAGAGGCUCGUCGUCUCGGCAUUGGGAAGCUGUUGACGGAGCAGCUCGAGGUGGCCGCCGAUGCCAACGAUGCCUGGUUCGUCGACCUGUUUGUGCGCGUCAGCAACCACAAGGCCAUCACUUUCUACAAGAACAUGGGCUACAGCGUCUUUCGGGUGGUUAAGGACUACUAUGGCGAACACUCAACUGACCCGACCCUGUCGAGCGAGGAUGCCUACGACAUGCGCAAGCCCAUGAAGAGGGACGCGAAGCGGCAGCAUGUGAGGGACGAUGGCGAGAAGCACGAGGUGGACCCGAGCGAUGUGUGGUGAAAACUGCCUUGGCUCGUCCCUCGAGCUGCCAUUGAAGUAUGCCCAAAAGCGAAGGCUCUGCUGGGGCACGCCAUGAUGCAACUCUGGUUUUGGUAUAUGAGAUACCCACGGCAUUCUGCAAAGUUGGCGGACGAGGACACUCGGCAGAUGAAUGCCCCUUAAGCGCUAAUCAGACCGCCCGAUCUUGCGCCAACUUCGAUUUUAGGAGGCCGGGAUUGCAGUGAGAUGAAAC